AACCUGAUCAGCAUCCUCAAGGCCAACCCCGACGCCGUGGAGGCGCGCGAGGCCACGCGCAACUACCGGUUCAGGGAGCACGCGCCGGUGUACGGGCUGGUGCACUUCGCGAGCUACCGCAUGAGCGCCGUGAAGUUCGCCAUCGUGGGGCUGGCAGGGCGCGCGCUGAGGGAGUCGCGGAAGCUGGGCAAGUGCCUGUGGAAGGAGAAGAACGGCGGACACCGCGUCACCGGCACUCUCACAGGUGGGGUGGUGCUGCAUCACAGGCACACUCACAGCAUACUACCCGGGCGAGCACCACAACCUGCGGUACGAGGCGGUGGUGCUGGUGUGCGAGCUGGAGGAGUCCACGGAGGCGGACUACGGGGGCUGCUGCUGGCGACGGUGGACAAGGAGGACGUGGUGGCGUACCUGGAGGAGGCGCACCACUUCCCCUCCGCCACGCCCAAGGCGCCCUUCAAGUACCAGCUCACGUACUGCUCGCCGCCGCUGGCGGGCAAGAUCAUCCCGCGGCGCAUGUACGAGUGGAUGGAGUUCCACCUGCACACGGCCGUCGACCGCAUGGUGCUGUACGACGCGGGCGGCAUCGGCGCGGCGCUGAUGGCGGUGCUGGAGCCGUACACGGAGCAGGGCUUGGUGGAGGUGGUGGACGUGCGCGGGAUCACUGCGUACGAGGCGUGGGAGAAGGGCCGCCUGCUCGUGCUCAACGACUGCGUGCAGCGCCACCGCUUCACCUCCAAGUGGGUCUUCUUCGCCGAGAUGACCGACUUCUUCUCUGCCGCCAACGGCGAGACGCUGCUCGCCACCGUCAACGCGUACGACGGCCGCCCCUACGUCACGUUCGGCAGCCGCUGGUGGUCGUUUGAGAAGUGCACCUUCUCGUCGCUCACAGAGCGCAUCGUGGUGACGGAGGGCGCGGAGAAGGCAGCGGUGGAGCAGCCGUGGGCGUUGGAGCGCAUGCUGUUCCGGUGGCCGCACAUCUACUGCACCAACAAGGAGGCGUACCCGCGCUGGGAGCUCUGCCUAGACUACCACGGCUUUCGCCGCGUGGCGGCGGACCCGCGGCAGGUGAUAGCGGUGCAGAUCCACCGCGUGGAGGUGCCGCGCAUGGGCGGUGUGGACGUGGACACGGACGCGGCGCGCUUCAACCACUUCCAGGGGCUGCUGGAGGACGAGCGCAAGUUCUGCAUCAAGAGCGUGCGCCCCGGCGAGCAGCUCGAGUGGUGGGUGCGCGAUCAGUCCCUGGCGCUGCUCGCACAGGAGGCCAGGCAGUCGCCGCGCGCCAAGUUCAAGACCAGAGGGGGAUCUCCAUUGUGGAGCCAUGUAUUGGUGGACAUGACCUGAUGUUGUGGCACAUCUGUUCCAACAGGGUGGUUGUGGUGUCUGUUGUAGUAUAAUUUAUACUUACCAUUUCUGUAAGUCGUUUAUCGAUAGGUAGUGUCGAAUCCUACUGUAGAAGAUAAGUCCGUAGGAUGACGUCAGCAAAUCGGUAGCGCUCGUCAUAGGACAAUCGUUUUCAGUCACGCGAUCAGUCGCACCUCUUCAUUAUCAUUUAGGGCGCAUAGCGCGAUAGUGACGAACAGGUACAUUUGCGAACAGGUACUUUCCUAGAGCUAUAAAUCCUUGUUACGGUAUGC